GGRGGUGAAGACACCCUCCACAGCACCUUCCGGACAUGCCUGUCCUUGUAACGUAAACACUUCAAUGGGAGCCUUCCUUUUUAAAGAAAGCCUCAUGGUGUACCAUCUGUUUGCCUCACUCAAGGGAAGGAUGAAAGCUCUACAUAGGAACGUGAUGUGAUGGAUGAGACCUGUCAUUAUGCAAGUAUUACGUCACUCUGAACAGACACUGAAAAGAGCUCUCAUCUCUAAGAACCCAGCGCUUUUGUCACAGUAUGAGAAAUUAGAUGCUAGGGAACAGCAAUUAAUGAAGGAGCCAACCAGUGAUCUUUAUGGACCUAUUAUUUUGCAAUCACAAUCAGACUGAAUAAUCUCACAUCCUGAGGCUCCUCAAGACUUUGAGCAGUUUUUCAGUAAUCCCUACAGAAAGAUACCCUCUCCAGAGAAGCACAGUAUUUAUUUACUGGCCAUUGGAUCUCUAGGAAACACCAGAGUUAUCAGUGAAGAAUAUACUAAAUGGCUCAAGGGCUACUGUGAAGCAUUUUUCUAUGGCAUGAGUGUAAAACUCCUAGAACCGAUUUCUGUUUCUGCCACAUGGUGUUCUUUUAGAGUGAAUGAUCACACACGCAAUUUACAAAUUCAUGCAGGGCAUAUCCUGAAGUUCUUAAAAAAGAAGAAACCUGAAGAUGCUUUCUGUGUUGUGGGAGUAACAAUGAUUGAUCUUUACCCAAGAGAUUCCUGGAAUUUUGUCUUUGGACAGGCUUCUUUGACAGAUGGAGUGGGGAUAUUCAGCUUUGCUAGGUAUGGCAGCGAUUCCUAUAGCUCACAUUAUAAAGGUACAGUGAAGAAGCUCUAUAAAAAAUCUUCCAAUGACUAUGCCAUUUUUGAUAACUACUUUAUUCCUGAAAUCACUAGUGUUUUGCUGCAGCGAUCCUGUAAGACUUUAUCCCAUGAGAUUGGACACAUAUUUGGACUGCGACACUGCCAGUGGCUCACAUGCCUGAUGCAGGGCUCCAACCACUUGGAGGAAGCUGACCGUCGUCCUCUAAACUUGUGUCCUAUCUGUCUACGCAAGUUGCAGUGUGCCAUUGGCUUCAAUAUUGCAGAAAGAUACAAAGCACUGGUGAGGAUUGAUGAUGUUAACACACCCAGAGCAACUCCGAAACYUAGUUGUGAAGAUAAUGUGCAUUUACCGAAAUCUGUAGAGGCCUUUCAGGAUUGGAAAGAGUGGAUAAUGAAAUGCCUUGCUGUUCUCCAAAAAUGA